UAUUACCGAGCAAGUCAGUCAAUUUGUUCAUGUUCUUCUUGAGCCGUUUCUUGACGAUGUGCCCAGCGGCCUCGAGACUCGAGCUUAUAUAUUGUCAGGUCGAGUUGUGGUUGCCGCAUUUCAGCUGUUGAAGCGUCUUUGGACAUCACAUGCUGUGUACCUGCUUCAAUUGAGCGGAGCGCAUGUGGCAAGAAGAAUCGCCUCGGAACAGCUGUUCUUAAUAAGAUUGGACCCUUGCUCUUGCAACACAAUUCGGAACCUUGAACUCUCAGCACCACCGUUCCACAACUCCACACAACCAUAAGUCAACAUGUUUCGACUGAACCAAUUGCUCACUGCAGGCCUCGCUGCCUUCAGCACCGUCUCGGCGGGCUCAGUGCUCGACCUCACACCCAAGAACUUCGACAAGGAAAUUCUCAAGUCAGGCAAGCCCGCAUUGGUCGAAUUCUUUGCGCCAUGGUGUGGCCACUGCAAGAACCUCGCGCCUAUCUACGAAGAGCUCGCAGCCAGCUUCGAGUUCGCCAAGGACAAAGUGACAAUCGCAAAGGUCGACGCCGACGAGCAUAAGGAGCUGGGCAAGAAGUAUGAGAUUUCAGGCUUCCCUACUUUGAAGUGGUUUGAUGGCACUGGCAAGAGCGAGCCAGAAGAGUACUCCAGCGGCCGUGACCUCGAGUCGCUGACUGCUUUCAUCACGGAGAAGACUGGCGUCAAGUCUAGGAAGCCAAAGUCGCCUGCCAGUCAGGUGGAGAUGUUGACCGAUACUACAUUCGACGAGAAGGUUGGCAAGGACCAAGAUGCCAUUGUCGCUUUCACGGCCCCAUGGUGUGGACACUGCAAGAGCCUCGCUCCUGUUUGGGAGAAGGUUGCCCAUGAUUUCGCUGCUGAGCCAAGCGUCUUGAUCGCCAAAGUCGAUGCCGAAGCACCAAACGCGAAGGCAACCGCCCAGCGAUUCGGAGUCAAGUCUUACCCAACAAUCUUCUACUUUCCAAAGGGUUCGCAAGAGCAAGUUGCAUACAGUGGUGGCCGUUCCGAGGAGGCUCUUGUUGACUUCAUGAAUGAGAAGGCUGGCACCUUCCGUGCUCCAGGUGGUACACUUAACACGCUUGCCGGAAUCAUUCCUUCCCUGAACGAUGCAGUCAAAGCCCUCCAGGACGGCGGCGAGAAGGCUUACAAAGACCUCUACGCACAGGCUGGCAAGCUGCAAGGCAAGUACGCUGAGUACUACAUCAAGGCUGCAAAGAAAGCAGAGGCCAACAAAGAGUACAUUGAGAAGGAGAUUACGCGCAUUGGCAAUCUAAUCAGGAAGGGCAACCUCACACCUGAGAAGUUGGAUGAUCUCACCAGCAGGAGAAACAUCCUGAGCGUCUUCCAAGGACCUGACGCUGCCGAGGAGACAGAAAAGAGCGAGUUGUAGGUCAACUCAUAAAUUGAGCUUAGAUGGCAGUGCCCUCAUGGGCCUCACUUGGGCAUUUCCGUGGCAUUUUACAAAUGCAUAGCACAGCUCACAGGGUUGAAAACCUAAGCUUGCAAUAUUCUAUAGGACGAGCAGCCAUCGAUCAACAGAACAGGCGCAUAAAGGCUUGUAUGAUAGAGCUAAUGACAUGAAUAAUAUAACUUUGAUGAUCAG